UCCCUUCCAGUCCUCCCACUCUUCUCUGCUUCCUGGUCCCACUCACCUGUUAGCAUGCUAAACAGAAUGCAUGCUGCAAUAGACUUUUCUUGCUUUUAUUCCAUCUCUUUGAGGACACAUAAAAGUGUUUUUGUCAACUAAUGGUCGAGUGCUGGCAUCUGAUGUGUGUGAGUGUAUGCGGCCGUGCUGGUUCAGCUGAGUUUAGGAUGUAUCGUCUGCUGGUGGCCCAAGUCCUCCUUGGCUGCUGGAGUGUGGCACAGCCAUUCUGUCCUUCCCAGUGCACCUGCGUGUAUCAUGGACACAGCAAUGGCACUGGCACCAGGUCUGUCCUAUGUAAUGACCCUGACAUGUCAGAUAUUCCAGUUAAUGUCCCUGUGGAUACAUUGAAAUUGCGGGUAGAGAAGACAGCUGUGCGUCGAGUGCCCAAUGAAGCCUUCUACUACCUGACAGAAUUGCGCUAUCUGUGGAUAACAUACAAUUCUAUCACCUCUGUGGAUCCUGGCAGUUUUUACAAUCUGAAGGUUCUUCAUGAGCUACGACUGGAUGGGAACAUGAUCUCUACCUUUCCCUGGGAGUCUCUGAAAGAAAUGCCCAGUCUGAAGACCUUGGACCUGCACAACAACCGGUUAACUAGUGUUGCUGUGGAAGCAGCUCCUUACCUGGUUAACAUCACCUACCUAGAUAUUUCUAGUAACAAGCUAACUACCCUUCCCUCUGACUUGGUGGACAUCUGGCCUCCAUUUUCUGGCAUCCUGCCCAGUGCCAAUGCUUCACAAAAGACUGUUCUUGGUCUGCAGGACAAUCCCUGGUAUUGUGACUGUCAGAUUUCCAAGCUCAUUGAGUUGUCGAAGAUGGCCAACAUACCUGUGGUGCUAAUGGAUCCGUUCCUGACAUGCAGUGGACCAGAGAACCUUGCUGGCGUUCUCUUCCAGCGGGCUGAACUGGAUCAGUGCCUCAAGCCAUCAAUCAUGUCCUCAGCCACCAAGAUCACUUCACCACUGGGUAGCAAUGUGCUCCUGCGCUGUGAUGCCACUGGUUUUCCUACCCCCACCCUUCUGUGGACCAGAGCUGAUGGAUCGGCCGUGGACAACACAGUUGUGCAGGAAUCUCCUGGUGAGGGUGUUCGUUGGUCCAUCCUCAGUUUGCAUGGUAUCGUGUUGAAGGAUGCUGGUGAUUAUCGUUGCAUGGCCAAGAACGUUGCGGGGAAUGCAAAGACAUACAUCACCUUGUCUGUGGAUGGAGUGGAAACUGCAACACAGCCAAUAGUGCUGAACAUAACCAAGAGGCCAGAUGCAGAUUCCAAACUUGUUGAACCUGUGACAUCUGUUGCAGGGACUGGGAUCCCAUUUUCUAUGUCCUUUAGCCCUGCCUUGCUUACAACCAAAGCUGCCAUAUCCACGCAGUUACCUCUGUCAACCAAGAAGAGUCUGGGACCAGGCGAAGGAGUACAGAGAUCCCCACCUGCUGGAGACAAGCCAGCUAAGAUCCAGCAAGGCAAGGGUGGAAAAGGUCUAAUGAUGAAUGAGAAGACAAAAAAGAAAGCUGAUGUCAGAUACAUUGAGGUAGUGGAGGAGACAAGUGACACAGCAGUCUUGCUAUGGACAUCUGAAGGCUUGCCUAGCGACACACCCUUAACUGUGGUCUAUUUUCCAUAUGAUGCAAAAGAUGAUACAGAAUCAAUUGAUGCAGAGGUGGGGCAAGGAAAACUCCUCUUGGAAUAUCUGAUACCUAACCAGCUCUACACAGUGUGCUUAGUUACUAAGUCUUUGGCAUCUGGGAAAGAGCAAUGUGUGGAUUUCAGAACUCUGGAUAACGCUGGGAAUGAUAGGCAGAACAAAGUCCUGGUGAUUGUCAGUGGGAUUGCAUGUGCAGUUGCGGUGCCUCUCAUUGUGGUGCUGCUCUAUAAGAUCUUGUGUCUCUGCUGUAAAGGAAACAGCAGCAGGAGCAAUGGACCAGAUGAUGACCUUUCAAAAGAGACAUAUCUAAAAUUUGAGACACUUACCAUGAAACAAAGGACUCUGAACGGGCAGGCAAAUGAUCUCUGGGCCCGAAGGCAGACUCAGGAAUCAGAGAGAAUGCUCCUAUGCUCACGUUCAAGCAUUGACUCUCAAAUGACAUACAAGAGUGACAGUUCUAGAUCUGAGUAUCUGUGCUAAUGUUUAGCCUCAUUCUUAUGGCAUAUCGGCUUUGAAGUGUUAUCCUUUCUAAACACAUGGUAUUAGACAAGCUGUGGCAACAUCAGUUUUUAAAGAUUAGCUCUUGAUAUGCAACUCGUUGCCUUACAAGACUUCUCUUAACCCCAAUUUGUAUUUUCUGUCUCACUUCUCAUUUUAUAAAUGAAAAAUUUUGUUCACCCAAACCGACAUUAUUGUGUAUUUGUUUUUUAUGUAAUGCAAUGUACAUAAAUGUUAUAUAUUUUUGCGUAUGCCAAUAUAUAAUGAUAUAGUGUUAUAUACAGUCAUGAUAAAUGUAAUUAAAAUUUGU